CACGGAUUUUCCGAAUUGAUUGAAUGUAGUUUCAAGCCAUUCUAUCACUUAUGAUAGCAUAUCAGAGAUCGUUAACCCCUUUCCAUAUCAGCCUCACCCCACUCUAUGAAUGCAGGUUAGGUUGGACUGUACAACCAUCGAAUCCCGUCGGUCCUUCCGAAAACGUGAACAACCACCCACGUGGGUGCUUGAAUUGCGAGGGCUUUCGAGCUCAGGUACCAGCCGGAAUAAAUAUGGAUGGAUACCCCACGGCGACAGUCACCAUUUUUGGGUGGCCAUUGGACUCUCAAGCUCAUUCCUAUCGUCGGCAUCAUAUUCCUCUUCCUAUUUCUUAGAGGAGAAACGUCCAGUAUGUAUUCCGAAACCCAAACGGGGUUCCUCGCAGCUCUUGCUGGUGGAAUUGUGCAGAGUGGUCGGAACGCGUCUGUGGAUCUUAAUUGGUAUGCGCCUAAAGCGACGGCUAUCAACAAUUUGACCCAGGUCAUGGGAGGGAGUGGUGUUUAUGGAUUCAUUUAUAAUAGUUCUGUGACUCCUGCAGAACGGUAUGGUGAUUACAAUUGGUGCAAUAUGCCUCAUGUUCGUGCAACGGAGUACAAGAGGGCACUGCCGGAAUACAGUCUUCAAUAUGUAGAAGUGGUGAGCUCAGCCCCUCAUCUCCACCGUCACUUCAUUCAAUUGAAGGCGAAAUAUAUUCUAAUGCAUCGAAGAUUCAUCGUCAUCAUAAACGGACAGUGUACGCCUCAAAUUCAUUUCCUGUAGAAUCAUACGGGUGGGACUGUGGCGAUGAAGGAUUGUUCUACUAUGGACAACCUAAGAAUGGGAAGAGAUCGGCCCCAGCCUAUUGGGAGGGAUAUCUUUCACUCCAAAACCCAUUCAAGCCUUCCGGUUUUCUUGGAAGCUGUCAGUUUCCGCAGAUUACAGCGAAAGGACUCGAAGAUUCUUGGCAGCACGGGAAAGAUUUAUAUGAAGUCUAUCAUGACCUCCUGGGCUUUCUCCCCGAUGAUGCUGAUGAGAAGGUGGUGUUUAGAGUCACGCAGAAUGUGAUUACGAGUGAGGUCGCGGGUAAGGCAAUGACGUUUCUUUAUUUAUAUUUGGAUUAGAAGCGUGCAGAACUAACUUCAACUCGUCAGGUAUGGUGAUAAAUGGAAUGUUUGAAACGGAGUGCGAAUAUCCAUUGGCAAUUCAAGUAAAUUCUCACCAGCUCUUCUUACAUAGCAAAAAAUAACACUUUCUCAAGCCCGCAGGUGCAGAUUCGCUAGAACCUCAAUAUCCUUGUCCCGCUGGCUCAGCUAUAUCUUCGGCCAUCAGAUCUGGACCGAAUUGGACUGAACAUCUGACCGCAGCAUCCUCUCUUUACGCUAAACUUGAUGAUAUCUCCGGCGUGUCACAAACAGAUUCUGGAUUUCACGCCAGUUUCGACCAUUAUUAUGACAACCUCUCAGCCAGACAAUGUCACAAUAAGCCUUUGCCAUGCAAACUUGUCAAUGGAGUCAACUCAACAACCUGUGUCACCCAAACUACUGCAGAUGAGGUUUAUCGACUAGGAAAUUAUGAAUAUUCGUACACUUACAGGGACGACUCUCGAAGCUUAGCAGCCAGUGUUGCCACGUAUGGGGUUUGGGCAGGCGAACUCAUGGCUCACCUACGAGAUGCCAUGAAGGGAAUAAGUGACGUGAUUUAUCGCCAUAACGUCGCCCAUGAUGGAUCGAUAUCUAAACUUCUUUCCAUGUUACAACUUGACGUAAUGGUUUGGCCAGGAAUGGGCUCAGAAGUUGUCUUUGAACUUUAUAAAAAGGAGUCGACGGCAGCGGCUCGUAGUGCCUAUUUCGUUCGUGUUUUGUGGAAGGGCCAGACGCUUAGAAGUUCGAAUCCGAGUCUGGGCUCGAUGGAUAUGGUUCCUGUGGAGGCUGUGCUUGUUUACUUUGAUGGGCUGGUGGGCGUGAACUCGAGUCUUGUGAAGGGGAAGUGUACGGGUAGUAUUCCAGUUUGA